AUCCAGAAGAAGUAAAAACAAAACUAUAAAAAUGAUGAAGUGGAAUAAUAGCACAGUGGCUGAGUUCAUUUUCCUUGGCUUCACAGACUGUCAAGGAAUUAAGGUACUGGUCUUUGCUCUCUUCUUGACCAUCUAUGUGACUACUCUGCUAGGAAAUAUCGGGAUCAUGGUGUUAAUCUAGAUCAGGCCCUGCUUGCAUAGUCCAAUGUACUUUUUCCUCAACAAUCUGGCCUUCCUGGACCUCAACUAUUCCUCUGCCAUUGCUCCCAAGAUGCUGGUCCAUUUUUUAGCCAAAAAGAAGACAAUUUAAUUCCCAGGAUGCAUUGCCCAAAUGUAUCUGUUUGCUUCCUUUGCAGAUGCAGAGUGCCUCUUGCUGGCUGCCAUGGCAUAUGAUCGCUACAUGGCCAUUUGCAAUCCACUACUCUAUCCAAUUCUCAUGUCUCACAAAGUGUGCAUUUUUCUGGUAGCUAGUUCUUAUCUCAUAGGCAGCAUGAGCUCUUUGGUGCACACUUGCUUUACUUUCCACUUUUCCUUCUGCAACUCCAAUGUGAUCAACCAUUUCUUCUGUGACAUCCCUCCAUUGUUAGCUCUUUCCUGUUCCAACGCUUACAUCAACGAAAUCCUCCUCUUCACCCUAUGUGGCUUCAUCCAAAGUAGCACGUUUUUGUUCAUCCUGGCCUCUUAUGCCUAUAUUGUUUUUACCAUCUUGAGUAUCCCCUCAGCAAAACACCGUCAUAAGACUUUCUCAACUUGUACCUCACAUUUGAUAGCUGUUGUCCUUUUCUAUGGUGCCCUCCUCUUCAUGUACCUGCACCCAAGUUCCGAAUAUACCUUGGACAAAGAUAAAAUAAUUGCUGUUUUUUAUACUGUAGUGUUUCCCAUGUUGAACCCCUUGAUCUACACUCUGAGGAACAAAGAAGUGAAAGAUGCCUUGAAGAGAACAUUGGAAAGAAAUGUGUGCUGUCAUCAAUGAUGAAUACUCAGCUGUGGGGAAAACACUCACUAAAUUACGAAUUCUCAAUGAAACAGGCUGUCUCAAUAAAUUUAGCUACCUUUUGGCAGUUCAUAACAUAAGACUAUGAUCACUUGUUGUUGCUGUAGUUUCCACAGUUAGCAUAAAAGGUCGCUGCUCAAAAUCAGGGUAAUUUCUUUCUUCGAAGCACAGCAAAUACAGGAGAGCCCUGUGAUUGAUCAAAUGGAUAUAACACAUCCUCAGAUGCUUCUGAGUUUUCAUGAUCCAUGCUCCAAGGAAGCAACAAUUGUAGUUUAGCUAUGAAAUAGGUUCAGUUAACGAAAUUUGUGCCAAAGAAGACCAAUGCAAACUAUUGUGUUCUUUCAAAUGUGGUUUCUUUCACAUUUCCAAAAGAGUCAAGCAAGAAUUAACUUCCCUAUUCCCAAAAUACAAGCUUCUAGGCAUUAUGUCAGGGAUGGGUAGAAGGUAGUUGUAAGUCUACUCAGAAGACAGGAAAAAUAUUGUAUGGGUCUACUCUGGGCAGAGGGUAGGUAUGGGUCUAUUCAGCAUUUAAGUAGAAUGUAGUCAAGGGUAAGUCUUAUGCAGUAGGUCUUUAAAGAUAUUUGACUCAUAAAAAUUAUUAUACCUCAUUCUCAAAUUAUAUUGCUGAAAUGUAAGAUGCUUGUGGUGACCAAGAAUAGCUUUUGAUAUGGCAGGAUUUAGAAAUGUGUGCAGAACAAUAGGGUUCUUAUAUAAAAAUCUCUAAGUAGACCACACAAAUUUGAUGUCUGCCCAUCCUUGGAUCUCUAGCCUUGUAUAGAUCAUAUCAAAGUUGCAUAGGGCUCAAACACUUACAAACCUGACAUACAAAAUCACAUUAUUUCAGAGAGGUACUACUAAAGAGGUAUAUCCUCUUCCUGAUUCUCUUCCUUACGCUUCCCUGUUUUCAUUCUGAAUGCAAGAAUGACAUUUUUACCAUUUUAAGUUGAUACUUAAAAUUAUUUCUGAGUAAUUCCCAAACUACCUACGAAAAGAAGAGUUUGGCUACCAAGUUUUGUCUUCUUUUCAUAUUUCUCUGAUAUUGUGUAUGUAAAGAAUGCAUGUGAGCCUAAAUGCAAUUGCUACUCCCAAGUAGAUUAGAUCUGCUAAAAUAAUGGGAACCUGAUAAGUCAACAUUUGUGUAAUUUCUAUUAAUGUAUUGGGUCUAUUGCAAUAACAAUUGGACUCAGCAUAAUGCACUGUAGAGAUACACAGACUCCUUCUGAGAAGAGCAGCCAUUUAAAGUAAAUGUCUGAACACAAUGAUUUCAUAUCGCACAUCUUUUGUAUUAAGCAUUACCAGGAAGUAUAAAUGAUAUCUUGAUAUUAUAUAGCUGGGGCCUAAACAAAAAUAACAGUAGAAACAACACUAUAGACUGCAAGCAUAGGUAAAGGUA